UUACAGACUCGGACGGAGUCUUUUUUCGCACAAUUUUUACCACCUCGACGGCCUGCAAAACCCGGCGCAACGGUUCUAAGUCUUGCUUCGCCGGACUCGACUCGCUCGCCCAAAUUUGCGGAUCUGCCUGCUUUCGCUGCGCCGCGUUGCGCCUCGCCGGCCACCAUCGCCCACCCAGCCUUUUCUCGAACAGCAACCAUGCCGUCGGAUAGCUCAGAUGACGACGUGCCACUGGCGAGAGCCAGCCACGCAUCCGCCCCGACCAUUUCGCCCUCCACCGACCGCGAAAUGGACAAGUCUGCUUCGAAAGCUCGCCCGGCGCCCCCCGGGGCGUCCAUUCGCCACGGCCCCGUGGAGGAUCGCAUGGACAUUGAUUCUCAUGGUCAUGCUAAACGCAAAUCGCGAAGCUCGGCCAGCCAAGCCGUCCAGUACAAGGAGGAAUCAGAUAGCGAGGACGCCGCCCCCUUGGCCAAGCGACAGAAGUCAACGCACAAGAAAGUCGAAUCCGACAGCGAUGAUGAACCCAUCGCGAGAAGGAACGGCGUGAAGCUGCCUCCUUCCAUCAAGGAAACGGCAACUCUUGAAUCAUCCGACGACGGCCAGCCCUUGGGGACGAAAAUCGCCCAGCGGAAGGCCAGCAUCGAGAAGGCUGCUUCGAAAGAGGCGAAAGCCCUGCGUGCUGACGCCAAGGCCAAGAAGGCUACUCCCAAAAAGGCCGUGAAAGAGGAGUCUGACGAUGAGCCCCUGGCAAAACCCAAGAAGCGGCAGUCGAACGGCGUGCCCGCGGCUAAAAAGGUGAACGGUGUUAAGAAAGAAGAGUCCGAUUCUGAGGCACCCAUUGCCAAAAAGGCCAAGAAGGCGCCAGCUCCGGCCGCGAAGAAGGGCAAGGCAGCUCCAGCAGACAAGGCCGCCAAGGACGAGUCCAAGGAGAACAGCGAGGGCGAAGAAGAGGAGGAGGAGUAUCGGUGGUGGGAUGCUCCGAAGAAAGAGGACGAUUCGAUCAAGUGGACGACUCUGGAGCACAAUGGCGUGCUCUUCCCCCCUCCGUAUGAGCCGCUUCCCAAGCAUGUGAAGCUAUAUUACGAUGGCCAGCCGGUUGAUCUGCACGUCGAGGCCGAAGAAGUGGCAACAUUCUUUGGAUCUAUGCUUCACUCGACCCAGAACGUUGAGAACCCCGUCUUUCAGAAGAACUUUUUCAACGACUUCAAGGACAUCCUGAACAAGACCGGCGGCGCCAAAGACAUGAACGGCAAUCCGGUCGACAUCAAGGAGUUCAAGAAGCUCGAUUUCACCAAGAUCUUUGAGCAUUACAAGGCGCUCAGCGAUGCGAAGAAGGCGCGGCCGGCGGCCGAGAAGAAAGCCGAGAAGGCCGCGAAGGAGAAGGCGGAGGCUCCCUACAUGUACUGCAGGUGGGACGGCCGGAAGGAGAAGGUGGGCAACUUCCGCGUGGAACCGCCCGGCCUCUUCCGUGGCCGAGGUGAGCAUCCGAAGACCGGUAUGGUCAAGAAGCGCGUCAUGCCCGAGCAAGUCACCAUCAACAUCGGCAAGGAUGCCAAGGUUCCCGACCCGCCCCCGGGCCACAAGUGGAAGGCAGUCCAGCACGACAACAAGGCGACCUGGUUGGCUAUGUGGCAGGAAAACGUCAACGGGAAUUACAAGUACGUGAUGCUGGCAGCCAACAGCACCGUGAAGGGACAGGCCGACUUCAAGAAGUUCGAAAAGGCCCGCGAGCUCAAGAAGCACAUCGACCGCAUCCGUGCCGACUACACGAGGGAGCUCAAGAGCGAGGUGAUGGCCGACCGGCAGCGCGCAACUGCCAUGUAUCUGAUCGACAAGUUUGCGCUCAGAGCUGGCAACGAGAAGGACACGGAAAACGAGGCCGAAACUGUCGGCUGCUGCUCGCUGAAGUAUGAGCACGUCACCCUCCGAGAGCCCAACACAGUCAUCUUCGACUUCCUGGGUAAAGACAGCAUUCGAUUCUACAAUGAGUUCGUCGUCGACCGCCAGGUUUUCAAGAACCUCAAGAUGUUCAAGAAGCCUCCCAAGGAGGAGGGAGAUGACAUCUUCGACAGGUUGACGACUUCUCAACUGAACAAGCACCUUUCCAGCUACAUGCCCGGGCUUACCGCAAAGGUGUUCCGUACCUACAACGCUUCGUGGACCAUGUCGCAGCUCCUCCAGAAGCUCAAGGUCGAGAACAGGACCAUGGCUGAGAAGAUCAAGCUGUACAACGACUGCAAUCGCGAGGUGGCCAUUCUUUGCAACCACAAGCGGACAGUCGGCGCCAGCCACGAAGCACAGAUGGAGAAGCUUGGCGAUCGCAUCAAGGGUCUGAAGUAUCAGAAGUGGCGCACCAAGAUGAUGAUGCUCGAUCUGGAUCCCAAGUUGAAAAAGAAGAAGGGUGCCGAGUUCUUCGAGCUUGACCCGGACUUGGACGAGGCCUGGAUCCAGCAACACCAGCAGUUCCUUGUGGAAGAACUGAAGACCAAGAUCCAGAAGAAGUUUGAGAAGGACAACGAGAAGCUCAGCGCCGAGGGCGGGAAGCCACUGCCGGACAAGGAGCUUAAGGAGCGCCUGAAAGCGGCCACUGAGCUGGAAGCCAAGUUUAAGAGGGAAAAUGAGACCAAGAAGGUGGAGGCCGAGGGGCAACAAGGAGGUCGCCCUGGGCACGUCCAAAAUCAACUAUAUCGACCCGCGUCUCACCGUCGCCUUCUCAAACAAGUUUAAGGUCCCGAUCGAGAAGUUCUUCUCCAAGACGCUUCGGGACAAGUUCAACUGGGCCAUCCAGUCGGUCGGCGACGACGACAGCUGGACAUUUUGAAGUGACCUUUGGGGCAACUCUGCCGUGCGUUGUUGUGCACCUUCUUCCACAACCAAUUCUUCCGGGCGACUGCAUUACUGCUAAGGCGAAGGCAUAAGGCGGAGACGGGCGGUGCUCUGCUUGGGAGGCCCCAGCCUCAGAUACGUCAUGGUUUAGCGGUUCACCGCGUGGCGUUGAUAGAAGGAGAAAGCAUGCUCUUCUUGCAUGGAACGCCCACUCAGUCUCGGCAGCCUCUCAAGUCAUGAUUUUGCCAGGCGGCGUGGCCGCCGGAACGACUGGUCGGCCUCGUGGGUUUUGGGAACCGGUAUUUUCUGCAUCUUUGCGGUGCCCGUAUAUUAGAGAGCCUAGCCUAGCAUAGCAUUGUGGUAGGGGAGCGAUGAGCUUUGCGCACGCAAUACAUGGUCUUCACGUCCUAAUCGGCAAUCAGCCAGUCGG